UUCCAAAAACAAAGUUUAACACUAAUUCUAAUCUGUAUAUAUAUCAUAUCCCCCCUCCUCCUUUCUCUAUUAAAAAUUAAAUCCAACCCAAAAUCUUCUCUCUCUCUCUCUCUCUUUGCGUUUUCCAUGGCUACGGCUCCUUCUUCCCAGGCCAGCCUCCUCCUCCAAAAGCAACUCAAAGAUCUCUGCAAACACCCAGUUGAUGGAUUCUCGGCCGGUUUGGUGAACGAAGACAACAUCUUCGAAUGGAACGUCACGAUUAUCGGCCCACCCGACACUCUCUAUGAGGGCGGUUUCUUUAAUGCCAUCAUGAGUUUCCCAGAGGAUUAUCCGUGCAACCCUCCUAUAGUGAGAUUUACCUCUGAGAUGUGGCACCCCAAUGUUUACGCUGAUGGAAAGGUUUGUGUUUCAAUUCUUCAUCCCCCUGGUGACGAUCCAAAUGGCUACGAGCUUGCAACUGAGCGCUGGAAUCCAGUCCAUACAGUUGAGAGCAUUCUUUUGAGUAUAAUCUCAAUGCUUUCAAGCCCUAAUGAUGAAUCUCCUGCAAAUGUCGAUGCUGCGAAACAAUGGAGAGAGAGUAGGGACGAGUUCAGGAAGAAAGUAGGGCGGUGUGUCAGAAAGUCUCAAGAAAUGUUAUGAGUCCAUCGCAUAAAACUAGCUAGAUAACAUGCGACCAGAGAUGCUUGUGUUUUGUUCUGUUUGAGGAAACGGGGCUGUUAGCGAAAAGACUGCUUGCGUCCGAUGAAACUGCUGUUGCUAGGAACUGGGUUCAGGCUUUGAGGGUCUGUUUUUGUUUGCAAUGUCUCAAACUGCAAAAUUGUUUCUGCUUUUUGUUUUUGUUUCGGAGCAAGUCUCAAACUGUUUGUUUACUUUACAUUUUCAUAUUUUCUCGGUAGUAAAAACAAAGUCACUUUAGUUUGGAAAGCCAAUAUGAAAUCAUAAUUGAAUGAAGGUUUGAACUGUUUUUUA